CAACAUCUUUAUUCAUCUCAUAGAUGAUCCCGAAGGUCCCGGUCAAAAACUCCGCAGGCACUCUCAAUCAUAAACUGGUCACCAACCCUUUCUGGCCCUGACCACGCACAACACAACGCAGCGCAGCGCAACAUAACAAAACAAUUUCUGUCCAGAGCUCCAUUCCUCGGCGCCCUCGCUAGAGAGCAGAUCUUGUCCCAGUUGGAUACCUUUGCCGCUUUCAAACCGCCCCAAAGAAACGAAAGAAGAAGCCGAGCCAUUGGGCCUAGUAGAAACGGCGGCCUACCAUUCGUGCACAUUCGCUUCAUCAUCCCGGGCGAUUUGGCCAUUUCUGAAUUCGCUGCUGUGGCGUCCUUGCCAACCGCCUGCCAAUCCCUCAGGUUCUUCUGGCGCGCAUACUAUCACACCAACCCCCGUCGCCUCCAUCCCCCGUCGCAAUCGCUGUCUCUGCCAGCCGUUGCCUUCUAUCAUUCCUGAUUUCGCCUAAACGGCCAGCGCGCAGCAUCCGCAAAACGACACACAUUCACACACACACUGAGUGGCACUGACGAGUGAGUGAGUUCCUUCUUCCGCAAAGUGGGCAAGUGACAGGGUCAAGGGAAACGGGCCCAUCUGAGUGGGCGGCCCAGGGCGCAAGUCGUUUUCUUGCGUCACCCUCCCACUCGUGAUCAGACCUUAGAUUAUGACCAACUGCACUUUGCCUUGCCCGUACAUCCUUUUCGCCUUGCCUUGACUACUUACUUACUUGCACACUUGCACUCGCUAGUUUGUUUUUCGCCGACCCUCUGGUUUUUUUUUUUUUUUUUUAAUUUUUCUUUUGCAUCUUGUUCCCCAUCUCCCGAACCGAACCUCUCGGCAUAGAAGACGGCGACGACUACAAACUGAAAAUCAAGAGUCACUCUGGUGGAUCGAAAUCAAUCUGGCUGACCCACGGGAACUCGCGCCAGUCAUGGACCUCAAUGGGGUCAAGAGGAGGGACACCACCAAGGGCCCUCCCCUCCGCAUUCUGUCGUUAGAUGGCGGAGGAGUUCGCGGUUACUCCAUGUUCAUCAUUCUCCAAGAACUCAUGCACCGCACCUUUGUCGAAAUCGAGGGUAGGGCUCCGCGCCGAAACGAAAUCCCCAGGCCAUGCGACCAUUUCGAUCUCAUUGUCGGAACCGGUACCGGCGGCCUCAUCGCCUUAAUGCUCGGUAGAUUGCGCUUGGACUUGGAACAGUGCAAAGAGCUAUACGUGAGAAUGACGCGCAUGGUUUUCGAAACAGACAAGACCAUCGCCGGCAUCCCCUAUCGGUCAACCCUAUUCAAAGCCUCCAAGCUCGAGGAGGCCAUCAAAGAGGCCGUCAGAGAACAUACCGUUUAUCAAAAGGAGGGCAAUGAUGGCACCGAGAACGACAUGAUGAGCCCCCUUAGCGGCUACAACAACUCAAACCCAAGAAGACAUGCCAGCAAUGCCAGCACCGUCAGCUUUAGCGCGCGCAGUCCUCAAGCACAGAUGACACGACCUGCCUUUAACUCGCGAUACGGCGACCCGAAUGCGAGACUCUAUGAUGCUCGGGAGACUCGGACCAAAACCGCCGUCUUAGCUAUGUACAGGGGCUCCCGCAAGGGCACUCCUGCCGCUAUUCUGCGAUCCUACGACUCGAGAAGGGAACCCCCGCCAGAGUUCGACUGCAAGAUCUGGCAAGCUGGCCGGGCGACAUGUGCGAUUGGUCUCGCCUUCAAACCCAUUCAGAUUGGACAGUCUGUCUUCCACGAUGACGGCGGUGGCACCUUUAACCCUGCACCCGAAGCCCUGGACGAGGCUGUGGUGAACGAAUGGCCCGGCCGUGAAGUUGGCGUGUUUCUCAGCGUUGGUACGGGUCGACGACCAAGGGGAAGCGACGCGAACUCGCAUAUGUGGUAUGAGGGCUUUUUGGGAGAGUUUGCCGAGGCCCGCCGGAAGCUCAUCUCCAAGAUUGAGGGCUGUGAGGUGAUUCACGAGCAGAUGAAGAGGGAACAUCUCCUCAAACGGAACGUCAACGUCGAGAACUACUAUCGCCUUAACGUGGAGGUUGGCGUCGGCGAGUUUGGUAUGAACGAGUGGCAUCGUCUAGCCGAGAUUAGCACGAGCACGCGGCAAUAUCUAAGGCGGGAAGUCGAGCAAAGGAUGAUCCAGGGGGCUUCCGCAAAGAUGGCCAAGAUCCACAAAGCGAACAUCAGGUUUUCCCGCAUGCCAGAUGUUCCCGAACUUGUCAAGUCCAACUCGGAGACUGUCGAGCCUCUGUCGUUUGCUGUGGAGUUGCCAGGCGACACGCCCACGUCAUGGCCGCCGCACAACACACCGCCGAGCCGCCAGUCUUACGAAUCCGGUACGGAACAUCUGCAUAUACCUUCGCCGAUGAGCCCCUCGCCUAGGAGCUCUGGCGAGCGACUUCAACCAUCGCCAGCAUCGAGACUUGAGCAACGCCCGCCACCUCUGCCUAAAGAUGAUGAGAUUGACCGACUGGUCGUCACUGCACCGACGCCUUCUCAGUACCGCUACGCAGCCGGUACUGAUAAGAUUGCGAUUAUGAGCCCCGAUGAGCACCCGCGGUGGCAGAAUCAACAAUACAGCAACGGUUCUACACAGCAGUCGCAACAACCGCAGCGAAUCCCACCGCCGCUGCCCCCCAAGACGCCUUUGCCCGAACACCAGGCAGCUGGCGGUCGUCGCCCCAUCGGCUCAUCGCCCUUGCCUUACCCUGUGGACGACGAGCCUCCACCAGUGAACAUGGCUAGGAAACCGGAAUAUCGUGGGAGGUGAUCAGAUUCGAAUGGGCUUCUAUACUCGGUGUCCACGCAACCAGCCAAGCCGACGCUAAAGUUUGCUUCAUGAUGGGCGGGGGAUCUCGCGAGUCUGAAGACUUGACGAGGCUUCGUCAUUGGACAGCGACAUGACGACAGGAGUUUCUAUUGGGAGGUGUUCUCGGGUUGAAUUUCCACAAAGAUACCAUUCUUGGCACAUUUGUUUCAUAUGGAGAUGUGCCGUGGCAGACUUCAUUGCUGCCUUAAUGAGAUAAUGACAUUUUGCUGCGUCUUGGUAUGAC